GAAUAAUUUCGGGCUAGAUGAAAAGUUUUCCCUUCUUCUAAAAAGACAACUCUCGAAGACAGUAUCCCAUACAAAACACAACAUCUCUUCUUAGGGAAUUGUAAAUCCAUAUCAAUUACAAUAGCUCACUCUAAUGCAAGAGUGAACACGUACCAAAGUAAUUCUGUCUGAGAUACCGUCCUCUACACCCCACACCAACGAAACGCGAAAAUAUAGUACAUGUACAUUUGUACAUGAUUUCACGCGAGAUAAACGUUACUUGAAGACAUGUAUUAUGUUCCCCCUCGUCCUCUGUCUCGUUUUCCUUUCUCAGUCCCCUCAGUUUCUCCUUCUCUCCAUCCUUCGCCCUCUUUCUCCUUGGCACCGCUACUAUGACCAGAAGUCUUGCACAAUAACUAUUCUCCCAAGAAAGAAACCGGUUUAUUAUUUAUUGGUUAUUGAAGGCUUAUAACGUCGCAUAACUGCCACCAUAACUUUGAAAGACAACCUCUCACUUAUGGCGACAUCACCUUAGUUAGACCCGAAAACAAGCAUAUGCAUUGAAAAAUCACGCAUUUUUGAAAUCCGAAACCACCAGAGCUUACAACUCAACUACCUUCCAUGUUACGUGCACAGAAAUAAUCUAGCCUAACUAAAAUAAGUUGGAAAGCAGCAGCGCAGAGAAAACAUCUUGCUUUAGGAUGAGGGGGACACACAUGCUUUUUGUCAGCUCCUGCCGAUAUGGUGCCCUCCUUGCUUCUGCUUUGUUUUGUCUGAUGCUCAUACUAGAAAUAAUUAUACUGAACUACGAAGACUGCAACCUUGCCUCUGUUACACGAAUGGAUGAGGAUCGAAAAGAUCUCGGAAUAAGAAUUUCAGACGAUACAAUACAAAGAUUUAACGCGUGUGCUGGCGUUAGUGACCUUUUGAAAGUCGACGUCAGUGCUCAAGAUGCGUAUUCCAGAUAUAUUUGCAGGGAUAUCAUUCCAAAGAGAGAUAUUUUAUGUGCGAUGUAUCUACGCCAGAUGGGCUAUGAUGAUGGACACAAUUCCUCCUGUGCGUACGAAGGAAACUUGCCGAAAACGGUGUUUUUUGUCGUGUUUGGAGGUUACACGUUUCGGUUUUUGGAUUAUGUAACCACGGUGGCAGCCAAGAAAUUCAUUAAACCGAAGGCGAUUUACUUUGUGGGUGAUAAACCUCCUCUUGGUAGCUGGUGGAACCAGGCACUGAAAGAUGUUGAGGGUGUCAGAUUUGUGUAUCGAGAGAGGCCCCCGAACAUCUCAGGGCGGCGUGUGUUGAACCAGUUUCUGUACCACUUCUCUGACCUGGUCCGACUACAGGUCCUGUAUCUGAAUGGCGGGAUCUAUCUGGAUAUGGAUAUGAUCGUUCUCCGAGACCUUGACCCUUUAUUAGAGCACAAGGUCACCCUCGGAAUUUUGGACAAUGAACCACGAGUCGGAAACGCCUUCAUCAUGGCGUCGGCAGGCUCAGAUUUCAUCUUGGAAUGGUACGAGAACUACACCGAUUAUAAAAACACCAAUCGAUUCUGGAAUUCUCUAAAGAUUCCGGGGAAAAUCUGGCUGAAGAAUGCUUCUCGUGUUCAUAUGGAAUCUGAGAGGCUGUAUCACCCAAGCUGGUACCAGGCCAUGAAAUUGUUCAGCCCACACACCGGCUUCCCAUGGAAAGAGAACUACGCCAUGCAUGUGUGGACGAACCAGAACAGAUAUCCCGUACCGAAAUCCCCUCGUGACAUCCAGACAGCAAACACACUGGUGGCGAAAGUGUUCCGCUAUGUCCUCUAUGGAGAUCCCAAACCACGGAGUAAUGCUUCUCGUACGGACGAUAAACGCCCCUUCUCUUUUGAGGGACAGAGGCUAAGAGGGGGUGAGGAUGAUGAUGAUGAUGAUGAUGGUGAUAGUGAUGAUGAAGACGAUGAUGGUGUUGAUAUCGACGAUGAUGUUGAUGACGACAACGACGAUGAGGAUGAUAAUGACGAUUUUGCUGGUGAUGAUGAUGAUACUGAUGAUGAUGACGACGAAGAAAACGACGACGAUGAUGAUGAUGAUGAUGAUGACAAACACGACGACGGCGAUCUCUGAUUAUUAAAAAAUUACUUAUCUGAGCUCGGCAUCAAUGUAAGUGUAGAUUCUUGCAAAGUGUGAAAUAGCUUAUGUUUAGGAAAGCUUUAUUAAUAUUAACAGCAUGCAUUGUAAGGGAUGUACAUAUACGUAACUUUUAAGACAGUGUCAAUAAAUUGGGCAUCAAUACCAUUAUUAUUGACAGCAGUGGGAAGGACAGUAGAUCUUGUUCUUCUUGACAGUUUUGUUAUGUUACUCUCUCAUUGUCAUAAUUAUUGUAAUAAAACGUUGUUUUGGCUGAGAACGACGACAGGUUGC